CGUAUAAUAAGUCUAUAAGACAUAAAUGCAUUCUCCGGUUUAAGUCAAAACUGUAUGAUAACGACACAAAUCUCCUCCGGUUUAGCUCAGCUUUGACCCAAAAACCCCCCUCCAUGACGUCAUCACAGUUGACAAUUUCAAUCUAGUUCUUCUUUUGUCUUCACUUUCUCAGAAAUUUCAGACACAACAACACAUAUAAAACCAAGAGAAUUCUCUGUUUAGCAUUUUUACAAAUAAAUGGAAAAAGGUUCCAACAGCAACAAGUCCACAAAGUUCUCAAAGAUGCUUCAAAGAGCUUUAUCAAUCGGUCACAGUGCGGCACCGUUUAGUCCCGGAAGAGAUUUUCAUCAGCACCGUAUGACUUCGACGGUGAACAGAGGAAUUUUCUUCUCCAGUCCGUUGGUUCCCGCGGCGGCUAGAGUUAGGAGAAGAACCAAAAACGAAUCCGUUUUUGCCGAACCUACUUCUCCUAAAGUCUCCUGCAUCGGCCAGGUCAAACUCAAUAAGCCCAAAUGUUCAUCGGAGAAGAAAAACAAAGAACCUAAUAAGAAUCUCAAAACGGCGUCGUCUUUAUCUUCUUGUGUUACUAUCAAAGAAGAAGACAAAGGAAGCUUUUCGAAACUAAAACGUCUCUUCUCUACGAAAAGUUUCUUGUGGAGAAAAUCUAACUCCAACUCCACCCCCACCACCGCCUUCGCCACGGUGAGUGAAUAUCCGGCUGCGGCAGUGGAACCGGUCGUUGCGGUGGUGGAGCCACCUUCGUUAGGUAAAAUGAAGAAAUUCUCGAGCAGUAGAGGAGCUCUUGGCGGAUUUGAUUGGACGGCGGAGAUGAAACGUCAAGAAUCUCAAUCGAAUCUCACGAUUCCAUGCUCUGUGAGUAUGCCUCUGACAGAGCUAGAGGGUUUGAGUCUGUGUCCGAAACCCAAGAGUGAAGUUAAUCUGUGGAAGAGAAGAACUAUGGAUCGACCAAAAGCACUUCAAAACAUAUGAAACAGCGUCGAGAUGACAGGGAAAAUCAAUAUCAUGAAACCCAAGCAACAUAAGCCGGAAAUCAAGACAGACCGUUGAGUUUGGUGUUCACACUUUAUCACUCGAUCCCGCAACCUUUGACAGAGUAAUCAAUUUACAAAUGUCUUGUUGAAACUAACAACAGGAUAUUCUCGAGAAUAUUGACAGGGUAA